AUGUCUUUCUCCGAUUUCUCUAAGGUCGAGACCCUCAAGUCUUUGAACGAAUUUUUGACUGACAAGUCUUACGUCGACGGUACUUCCGCCACUCAGGCUGACGUUUCUGUCUACAAGGCUUUCCAAAAGGAGUUCCCACAAUUCACCAGAUGGUUCAACCACAUCGCUUCUUUCACUGAAGAAUUCGACACCUUGCCUGCUGGUAAGGCUCCAGCUGCUGCCGCUGCUGCUGAAGAAGAUGACGAUGAAGUUGACUUGUUCGGUUCCGACGACGAUGAAGUUGACGAGGAGGCCGAGAAGUUGAAGCAACAAAGAUUGGCUGAGUACGCUGCCAAGAAGGCCUCUAAGGGUCCAAAGCCAGCUGCCAAGUCUAUUGUCACCUUGGAUGUUAAGCCAUGGGACGAUGAGACCGACUUGGAGGAAUUGUUGGCCAACGUCAAGGCUAUCGAGAUGGAUGGUUUGACCUGGGGUGCCCACCAAUGGAUUCCAGUUGGUUUCGGUAUCAAGAAGUUGCAAAUCAACUUGGUUAUCGAGGAUGCUAAGGUUUCCUUGGAUGAAUUGCAAGCCAACAUUGAGGAAGACGAGGACCACGUUCAAUCCACCGACGUUGCUGCUAUGCAAAAGUUGUAA